AAAGGGCAGUUUCCGUUAGCUGCUGAAGGCUGAGGCGCGCCACCGGCCACCUCCCCACGUGAAGCAGUUGUGCGGGCAUCGCCACGCCGGGCAGCUGUCUACCCGCGUCCGAGCGCCCCGGAAGCGGCGGGGGACCGGAAGUGGCCCGCGGAGGCUGCAGAGCUAGCCCGGGAGCCCGCUGUGAGGCGACUGGCAGCGCUGCGACGGCGCCAUGUCCCUGAUCUGCUCGAUCUCCAACGAAGUGCCCGAGCACCCGUGCGUGUCCCCCGUCUCCAAUCAUGUGUAUGAGCGGCGGCUCAUUGAGAAGUACAUAGCAGAGAACGGCACAGACCCUGUCAACAACCAGCCCCUCUCGGAGGAGCAGCUCAUCGACAUCAAAGUUGCUCACCCAAUCCGGCCCAAGCCUCCCUCUGCCACCAGCAUCCCAGCCAUUCUGAAAGCCUUGCAGGAUGAGUGGGAUGCAGUCAUGCUGCACAGCUUCACUCUUCGCCAGCAGCUGCAGACAACCCGCCAGGAGCUGUCCCAUGCUCUGUACCAACACGAUGCUGCCUGCCGAGUCAUUGCCCGUCUCACCAAGGAAGUCACUGCUGCUCGAGAAGCUCUGGCUACUCUGAAACCACAGGCUGGUCUUAUUGUACCUCAGGCCGUGCCAAGCUCACAGCCCAGUGUGGUGGGUGCAGGAGAGCCCAUGGAUUUGGGUGAGCUGGUGGGCAUGACCCCUGAAAUUAUCCAGAAGCUUCAAGACAAGGCUACUGUGCUAACCACGGAGCGUAAGAAGAGAGGAAAGACUGUGCCUGAGGAGCUGGUGAAACCUGAGGAGCUCAGCAAGUACCGGCAGGUGGCAUCCCAUGUGGGGCUACACAGUGCUAGCAUUCCUGGGAUCCUUGCUCUGGACCUCUGUCCUUCGGACACCAACAAGAUUCUCACUGGUGGGGCAGAUAAAAACGUUGUUGUCUUUGAUAAGAGUACUGAGCAAAUCCUGGCCACUCUCAAAGGCCAUACCAAGAAGGUCACCAGUGUGGUGUUUCAUCCUUCUCAGGAACUGGUGUUUUCUGCAUCCCCAGAUGCGACUAUCAGGAUUUGGUCGGUCCCAAACACUUCUUGUGUACAGGUUGUUCGGGCCCAUGAGAGCGCAGUGACAGGCCUCAGCCUCCAUGCUACUGGAGACUAUCUCCUGAGCUCCUCUGAUGAUCAGUACUGGGCCUUCUCUGACAUCCAGACAGGGCGUGUGCUCACCAAGGUGACAGAUGAGACUUCUGGCUGCUCUCUUACCUGUGCGCAGUUCCACCCUGAUGGGCUCAUCUUUGGAACAGGAACCAUGGACUCCCAGAUCAAGAUCUGGGACUUGAAGGAGCGUACCAAUGUGGCCAACUUUCCUGGCCACUCUGGCCCCAUUACCAGCAUCGCCUUCUCUGAGAAUGGGUACUACCUGGCCACAGCGGCUGAUGACUCUUCAGUCAAGCUCUGGGACUUACGCAAGCUGAAGAACUUCAAGACACUGCAGCUGGACAACAACUUUGAGGUGAAGUCACUGAUCUUUGACCAGAGUGGUACCUACCUGGCUCUUGGGGGUACAGAUGUCCAGAUCUACAUCUGCAAACAGUGGACAGAGAUUCUUCACUUUACAGAGCACAGUGGCCUGACCACUGGAGUGGCCUUUGGGCACCACGCCAAGUUCAUCGCUUCAACCGGCAUGGACAGGAGCCUCAAAUUCUACAGUCUGUAGGCCUUGUGCCUUCUCACAAUUCUGGGCCUCAUCUCAGUAGUGGGUUAGAGUUGGGGGUGGGACCUUAGGAGGAGGGAGGUCUGGUGGGGGGGACAUUCACAUCAUUUCAUUCUGUUCUGGAUGAUGCUCUGAGCCAGGGCACAUGGAACACUGCUAUCCAUGCAGCCUUCGGGCCCUAGGGAACGGACAUGGAGGAACUGUCACCCUGUAAAUGCUCAGAGUUGGAGUCCAGCACCUCCCCCAGUAGUGGCAGCUGUUCCAUGCCUGCUCUGUUUCAGCUCUUCUGAGACAGGGAGGUGAGCCAAGGGAGCUGUGAGGGGAGGGGCAGGAGGGCUCGUGCUGGUUUUUGUAAGCAGUGAUCUAGUUUCAUUAAAAAAAAAAUCCACACAGUAAA